UUACGAGCCGGCCCGCCACUGCAGCUGCCACGAGUGCUGAUCCAGAGCAACUCUAGAGCAAUCUAUAUAUAUGUGUGUGUGUGGAUAUUAUUUAAACAAUUAAUUAUCGUUCGGAAUUCACUGUUGGCAUCAUUUGUGUCCAACUCCGUAGCAGUUGCGUGGAGCAUAUCCCACACGAGUCAUGGCAAGUCCUCGACUCGAGUUGAGCUCUCUGUCGAGCGAGUGCCCUCUUCAGAGGUCUGGCUCCACCGACUCGGGGCUCGACAGCCCCACGCAAGACGACACGGAGGGCACCUACGACCCGUUCGCCUCGCCGCCAGCAGACGAGGCAGAGGAGGAGGAAGAGGAGGCGGGGGAGGAAAAGGAGGAUCCGUCGUGCUGGAAUAACGAUGACCUGAGCGGGUGGCACGGGGAGGAGAGGGACAUGCAAGGGCUCAGCCUGCCAGCACGGACUUCGGAUGGCAGCAUUCCACCGGCGGAUGAGCAGAGGGGCGAUCGUCCAGAAGUGAUCCAGGCGCUAUCCCGCGAUGCGCGUCUCGGCGUGAGCCGCGUCGCCCAGACUCCGCUAUGGGGGGGCCCCGUGACGCGGCCGCACGCAGCUGCCGCUGGCGAGUCGUGGUGCGGCCGAGAGGCACGGAGAGCCCCCAUCGCCCUGGGGCCCGACGAGCCCGAUCCCACCGCCUCGGAUGUCGAUGGCAAUGGUCAGGAGAGCAGAGAGGAUGCAGAUUCACGCCUGGGAUCACCGAUUACCAACUCCAACACGGACCCAUGGUCAAUCCACUGCUGGAUGGAGGGCUCCCCAAGAUGUCGCCAUCUCUCACGAUCCAGCGAUCUCCUGACUGAUAGUGGAUUUGUCUCGGCUGUGGAUGCGGAGAAUUCGGAGGACUCAGUCUCUGAGGACACCAACCGGUGUUCGAGAGAAGUGAAGAGACUCUCACUCUACAAGAAGUCAACCGCCUCUACUGAGCGGGAGCAGCGGGCCGGGGAGUGUGACCGCAGGGACCCGCUCUCCCUGGGCUCCCAUGCAGCAGCAGCAGCAGCAUCCUCCCAGACUGCGGCGUGCGCCGCUGCCCCGGAGACAGCUGCAGAAUCGACCGUGGGAUCGACCGUGGGAUCGACCGUGGGAUCGAGCGUGGGAUCGAGCGUGGGAUCGAGUGCCGGGAAUGGGCAGCAGAUGCGCGCACGUCUGGCAGUGUCGCCGCUGCGGACGGAUACUCGCUACGACCACGAGGCGAGGGCAUCGCUUGAGCAAGCAAAGGGACACGUGUCACGCGAUUGUGAGCUCAUGACUGAGAAAAUCACCAAACUAUCACAUCAGCUCAAGGUAAACCAAGAGCAUCAGCGGGAUCUCAGCUCGGAGCUUUCGAAGAAGAACUCGAUGAUGCACGAGUACGUGAACAUCAACUCCACGUUGCAGGAGACCACCAUCGACCUGCAGCGAGCGCUCACGGACACCACCCUGGGCAACUGCAGACUGCAGGAGGAGGUGAGGAGCCUCAGCGAGAGCAACGCUCGGCGCUUGCGGGAGCUGCAGGAGUGCGAGGGGCACCUGCGCAGCGCGCAGCGCCGCGGGCAGACCCUGCAGCUGCAGGUGGAAGCGUGCCAGGAAGCCAACGAGAGCGUGAUCCGGGAGACUACGCGCCGCCUCUACGGGGAAUAUUACGCCCAACUGACGCAGCAGGAGAACCAGCACCGGACACAGAUGGCCGAAUUUCUGGCCCGGCAGAUGGAGUACGAAGCGCGACUCCAGCGGGCAGACGCGGUGCGUGAGGACACCGAGCGGACGCUGGCUGAGAGCCAGCGGAGAUCCCGUGAGCUGGAGAGGCUGCUCUCUGGCCUGCAGGACGAGAGGGAGCUGUUUCUCAGGCGGCAGGAGGAGGUGGAGUCUGAGCUGUCAUUCAUCCAGGCACGGCCGAGUGGCAGCCAGGACGAGCAGAAGAGGUACGAGCAGCUGGAAGGCGAGGUGGCCUGCCUGCACGAAAAAAUCCGACAUCUCAACGGAAUCAUCAUCUCCCAGGAUCGUAAAAUAAAGGGUGUGUUAGAAAAGGUGGAGCGCUUGCAGUGGGAGCUGCAGCAGAAGGACGCCGUGAUUUCGAACCUUCAGCAGAAAGUGGCCACACUGGAGUCUGAGAACGCCGCGCUGAAGAGGAGGCUGGAGGAGCAGAGCCGCGCGGUGAAGACAUCUGAGAGGUCGACGCCCAACGUGUCCAUCCCCUCCUACCAGCCCCACCUCCCAGCGUUGACGAGGAGGCAGUGGAGUGUGGAGUCGUCGAGCGAGAACGGCGACUCGCCCCUGGCAAGGCUGAGAAAGCUGAGAGCCAGCAGGGCCCAGCCGGGACCAGGCAGCAAGGAGGCCGAGCGCAACGACUGACUGACGACGACGAAGCUCCUCCUCGUUCACACUUCACGAGCAUCGCAGUCUCACCCUCCACCAUGCCACAACCACCUCCCCCCGCGACAAACCGCGAUGUGACACACUGUGGAGUUAGCGCGCAGAAUCGAGCAACCACAUGAUCCAAUCUGCGCCAGGGAAAAACCACGCGGCCAAGCCGAGCAGUAAAGUGCCCAGAGCCAGCAGCGGCAGCAGAGAGGGAAACCUUUAAGAGGGCAGCCGUCCAAGACAAGAGGUUGCUUCGUAGCAGCAUGUGACGGGAGGGGAUGGUCUGUGGUCGUGCCGCGGACUAGAUGAUUCUUUAGUCGAUAUAGGCUGGCUGCUUGACUGGCUAUGUAUAUGGAGUGUCCAUUGAGGUGUCAUCCAUUAUCAAAGAAGUGUUAUUAGGCAGCUUGAAGUCGGUAGACUACACAUACACACGCUUGCUCGUAUGCAUAUUUUAUUGUACGAGUCUCAACCCUUCAAACCUUGACAUGUGCGCUGUGGUGUUGGUGACGCACUUGGCUUUGAGGCUGGGAGAGAUCCCCCAUGUUUGUUGCCGAUUGUGAUUGUUCCCAUUAUUAUUGUUCCCAUUAUUAUUGUUCCCAUUGUGAUUGUUCCCAUUGUUAUUGUUCCAAUUGUUAUUGUUCUCAUUGUGAUUGUUUCCAUUGUUAUUGUUCCCAUGUGAUUGUUCAGAUUGUUAUUGUUCCAGUUGUGAUUGUUCCCAUUGUGAAUGUUCCGAUUGUUAUUGUUCCUAUUGUUAUUGUUCCCAUUGUGAUUGUUCUCUUUGUAAUGAUUCCCUUUGUGAUUGUUCCGACUACAAUUACAAUUGUUCCGACUACUAUUGUUCUGACUACGAUUGUUCCGAAUGUUUCUCUCGUGUUGCUGUUGAAGAUUACCCCAGCUUUUAAUCUGACACCUGGUGGUAACAAAUAAAACACGUGUGUAACAAA